AUGGAUAAUCAUGGUAUCUGUAUAUAUCUUUUUUCAAUAACUCCUAAUUAUUAUUUGAUACUUUAAAUUCAAAUAAAAAGGAGGCGUUGUCACAGUAUUCGGGAAAAAAAAAUCUUUACCAACUGACUUCCGGAUUAUAGUUUUUCUUUAUUGACAUCAAAUCUGUGCGAACAACAACAAACGACAAUGCGAGGCGUUAUGAUAUUUCAAAGGACAUUGUGUGUGUUUGUAUUGGUGUGUGUAGAAAGUGUCUGUGGAAGAGAAUUUGUGAUGAACUCCAAGACUUGUAAACAGUCAACGGGCGGUCUUGUUGGGUGCGAUUGGAUCGGACUUGGGAUUUAUGUUGCGGACCCGCAAUACAUGAUGGAUCAGGACACGAUCGUCUUUCGACGAUUUUUUGAUGGAGGACUAAUUGAGAUGAAUGAUCUACAAAGCUUGCGAGUGCUUGAAAUUCAGAGUGGAGAUGUGGCAUGCGACGCUGUACGUGUGCAGGAAAAGGUUCGAGUGUACAUUAGGGGCAAGCUCUGUGAUAAAUCCAGCACAAUGCAUUCCUCUUCCCCAUCAUUCUCAUCUGCAGUGGGUUCAUCAGGUUCUUCACCACCAUCUUCAUCGCUCUCAGAGAACACAACCUUUACAAGCUUAACAGUUACUUUUGAAACCACAAGCAACAGUUUUCCACACAUCAGCAUAUUGUGGCAGACCAUGAAUGAGUUUAAAAUAGCAUUAAUCAUUAUAUCAGGUAAAUGCUUAAAUGUUUAAUGUAUUCAAUUAUUUAUAUAUGUGCAUGUGUUGUACAGUAAAUAUUCAUCUUUUUUUCAGUGAAAUGUACUAUUUUGAGUUGCUGCUUGUGUUAUAAGUGUUGGGCCAAGCAUUUAUUUAAAAGAUUAGCUCGAAAGCAACCACAUCAAAACGAUUGUGAAAGUUCAUUAAUUCAUUUGAAAACCCUUUAGCUGCAUUUUUUUUUUCAGGGUAAGAAAGUAAUUUUUUCAUAAAUUCUUUAAUUUCAGUGUUAUUUACAGUUUGCUUUGGAGGACUUCUUAUAAAAAUGAA